AUGGCACUCGACCUGAAAUCCGCAGGGGGCGGCGAGGACGACGUGCUCGGCGCGGGAGGUUUCGGCGAGGUUACGAAAAUGCGAUGGGUUCCCGGCGGCUCCAUAGACGUGGCAGUCAAGAGGAUUCUGCAGCGCAAGCCGAGCCGCAAGGCGCUCGAGGAGCUUCGGAGAGAGGCCGAGGCUAUGCACGCGAUGCGUCACCCGAACGUCAUCCAGCUCUACGGGGCGUCUCUCACGCCGCCUCACGUAUGCCUCGUGCUCGAGUUUGCGCCUCACGGCAGCUUAAUGGAUUUGCUCGAGCAGGAGGGCGCGCCGAGUGGCAGGACAAAGUGGAGAGAGCGCCUCAUCCUCGCAUCCGAUAUCGUGAAAGGCUUGACUUACCUACACUACCGCGGGAUGCUCCACCUGGACAUCAAAUCGGGUAACGUGUUGCUCUUCGACGGUAAAUCGCGUCACGUCGCCAAGCUCUCAGAUUUUGGCCUCGCAUACAUCAAGAACGAAACGAGCGCAGGAAGCACAGUUGCGACCCGAACGGGCGCGGGAACGAUCAACUGGAAGGCACCUGAGCUGUUCCGCAAGACGGGAAAGGCGACGAAGCGGAGCGACAUCUACUCAUGCUCCUGCGUGAUGUUUGAACUCGCGAGUGGAACUAUUCCAUGGGACGGUGAGGGUCCCGGAGAGAUUGCAGGGAUGGUGUCCGUGGGCGAACGCCCGGACAAGCCCGAAGGAUGCAUCGAUGCCUUCUGGGAUUUAAUCGAGGCUGGGUGGCGAGCAACGCCCGAAGAUCGAAUCUCUCUCGCGGACUCGCUC